GAAGAAGCUUCGAGGGAAAGACAACACCUCAUACGGGGCUCCUUUCGCGUUUCCCCCGACUUCUUCGUCCAACACGGUCUGGCCCACAAUCGGGGGGUACUUUUCGCGCUCCGUGCACCACCCCUCUCGUCGUCGCGUCCGUCCAGUGUGUAACACAGUUCAGUGAACCCAAACGAAACGAGGAAAACAAGACGAAGAAAAAAAAACAAAGAAAAAGUCCAUGGAAGGAACGUUGUAAUGUACUUACCGUAAGAUUUCAAAAGCCUAACGACUGGGAAAAAUCGCACGUACAACGCUCGUUGCGCUGUUAUUAGCGUUCUUGUCUCUACGUGCCGCCAAGAAAGACCGUUUGUUGCGACAUCGUUGCAGAGACCCGGCUGAGAACUCCGGUGGAGUGGAAUAUUCUGCGGUAAUUAUCGUGGAAGAAUAAACAACGAGGCAACGGAGUCAACCAAGAAUUUUGAAAGUGAAAGAAGAAUUACACGGAGGGAAAUUAAGGGAAAUUCCGUCGAGGAUCCCGGAGAAAAAUCGAAUACACCAUGGCCAUCUGGCGAGCUACGCUGGUAAUUAUCGGAAUUGUCUGCGCUUGUACCUGCGGCGGACGCACGGAAUGCGGAAAUCACGCGCAGAUCUCGUUGCUGACCAGCGUCCACGAUGAUCCGUCCUGCAGGAAACUGUCGCCCAAAGGCGUGCUCCUUUACGAAGCCGCGAAGCUGCUCGCCGAGAUUCACAACAACAAGUCUACCGGAUACGAUAUCGAAUUGACCGUUUUGGACACGUGUGGUAGCAUCGCGGGCUCUCUGAAAGCGGGGAUGAAGGCUCUCGUCGGGGCGGACACUAACUGUUUGCAACCCCCUCAUUACUUAGGAAUUAUUGGGCCAGACACUGCGACAAAUGCGGAAGCCGUACAUAAAAUAACGUCGGUGCUGAAAGUGCCGCAUAUCGUCAGGCGGGAAUCGAAUUCCCCGUUUCUUCAUUAUCUCGCCAAGGAAUCCGAUUCUUAUCUGAUUCAGGGAACGCUAAAGGUCGUGGAGCAACUCAAGUGGAAGUCAUUCUCGCUAGUGGUGAACGCUGACGAGGACGGCGAGGACGACACGCAAAACAUCGCCAAAAAGCUGACAAUGGCCGCCAUUGAGAAGGGUCUCUGUGUCUUGAUCCACGAUGGCGACGAUGACGAUUUAACGACACACAUCGUGCACAUCGGUAAACCAGAAGAGGGAUUCUUCAGCAAGCCCGUGAACGCGACUGUCAUUGUCCUCAGCGAGGGACACCUCGACGACCACCUGAACCACGUGAAUUCGACGAACAGUAUACUGCUUCUGGAAGACUCCAGAAACGAAUUCGCCGGACUGGAGACGAGAGUCUUGAAAUCAAAAUGGUGGUCCAGCAAGGACACUGGAAAGUACGACGCGGAGGAGCUGAGGGAAGUCAGAUGGCUCGAGGACGCGAUAACGGUCUACGCGAAAGCAUUAGACGCGCUGUGUAAGAAGAAGAAGUGCAAGAGCCAGGUGAACCCAGUCGACUGGAACAACGUGCUGUCGAAUGUUCUAACCGGGUACGCGAAGGAAUCGCACACAACAGCCAUGUCCAUCGAUCUGUCGAUGAAAGUGAAGGCCGCUGACCUGCAGUCCCUCGGCACCGUGGCCGUCGAAAAGAACAAGGCGACGUUACACUGGGGCGACGAGGACUCCAACGACGACGAUGAUGACGACGACGACGAUGACGAUCACAACGGGGAAGAAAUGCCGAAUAUUUUCAAGAAGUUGAUUGCCAAAGAAAAAGGCACACGAACGGGCUGCGCGACGACGGCCAAGGAGAUAAAGCUGAUGCACGAAGAAGACGAAGAUGCGGCCCAGGUUCUGGUCUCCGAGAUGGACAACAGCGAAUGGUGGACCAUGGUGGGCACAGUGAGCGGCGUUGGGGUCGCCAUGUUCGUGGUUGGUAUUUUAGCGGUGUACGUGGUCUACACGAACAUUCGUGGCCCGGUUGUGCCGAAGAACGCUCGCGUCGAAAGGGACACCAGCCUUAGACGAGUGGGCAGCGACAGGGAGACACCUGUUCGUGCACCGAGGCACGCCCGUACCUUGCAGAGGCGGGACAGCAACAGGAGCAUCAGGAGUACCAUAUCCGAGAAAAGCGUUUGAAGCAAUUCAAACGUGAACAACAUCCACGAUUCUCCAAGCCCGAGUAUCGCCACUCUAUAACAGGAUUGGGGGCUGACUCGA